AUGAGGAGAGUCUCGCGGUCGACAUGGGACUCCCUCGCCGUCCCUCGACGAUGCGUCUGCGGCAACCCAAUCCGCCUUAACGACCUUCUGUCUUCCUCUUUCUCCACCACCACCUCUUCUUCCUCUUUCUCCUCACCUUCAUCUUCUUCCUCAUCAUCGUCUUUAUCAACAUCGAUUUCUUCUAGUGCCACUUCUCGUCCUUCAUCGAUACCCACUAUCCGAUCUUCAUCAUCAUCAUUAAAGCCGAGAACCUCACGACCAUUCUCUACAACAUCAUCUCUAGCCGUCAUCCCUAGUCUCCUUCCGACACAAUCAGCUAAACUAGCUGCUCUCCACGGUCGUCUCGGUCUACCGAAUGGAUACCCUCUCACAACUCUCGGCAGGGCAUUAAUAGACCCAACUGCAGAAUCAGAACAUCAUCUCAACAAUGACGGCCUUUCUAAUCUCGGAAACGUCUUGCUGGGCUACUACGCCUCCGAAUACUUGAUGGUUCAAUAUCCUCGUCUACCUUACGAAAUUCUCAAGACUGCUAUGGAUGGUUAUAUCGGACCUAGAGCGCUCGCUGCAGUCGGUACGGGAUGGGGUGUUGAAGCAGCAUUCGCACCAGGUGAAACUGUUGAUCCGGGAUUACUUCAAUUCAACAGAGUAGCACCAGGAACACCGUUAUAUAAAGUCCAGGGUGGAGUCGGGUUCAAUAUCCCACGUAAAAGGAAUAGAAUGGUACCAAAUUUCGAAAAUAACCCAUCCGUUAAUGCAGAACUUGCGGCUGAAACCCCGGAGAUGAAAGCUGCGAGGGAAUCUCAGAGACCCGGACAGGAUGCUACGACUCUUCAACUCGCCAUGGCUAGCUUUGUUAGGGCUGCGGUUGCUGGCGUAUACUUGCACAGUGGUGGAUUACCGUCUACGAAGGAAUUUGUGCAUGCUCAUGUCUUGAGCAGGAAGUUGGAUGUUGAUAAAUUAUUCCAGUUCGAGCAGCCUACCAGAGAGUUGUCGAGAUUGUGUGUUAGGGAAGGGUUCCAGCAGCCAAUCGCAAGAUUGGAAAAGGAAACCGGUCGGUACUCCAGACAUGCGGUGUUCAUUGUCGGGGUUUACUCUGGAGAAGAAAAGCUAGGUGAAGGUCAGGGUAGUAGCUUGCCGGAGGCUAAGAUUAAGGCUGCUAUCAGUGCUUUGAAAGGGUGGUACUUGUAUAGUCCGGCUUCCGGGGCUGAUUUGCCAAGCAAGACGGACGGGGGCCCCGGUUUGCCGUUUACGCCAGCGGUGAUUGAUGUCGGUGAUAUCGUCUCCUAA